AUGCUCGAAGGUCUGGUCGCCGGUCUUUUGAACCGCUUCCUGGGCAUGUAUGUCAAGAACUUUGACCCCGCCCAGCUCAAAGUCGGUAUCUGGUCUGGUGACGUGAAACUGCGCAAUCUUGAGUUGCGCAAGGAAGCCCUCGACCAGCUCAAACUACCCAUCAACGUCGUUGAGGGUCAUCUCGGCGAGUUAACCCUUGUAAUACCUUGGUCCAACCUCCGAGGUUCGCCGGUCAAGGUCUUCGUGGAAGAUGUCUUCCUGUUGGCAUCGCCCAAGGAGGAGGCGGCAUAUGACCCUGAAGAAGAGGAGCGGAGGAAGCAGAGGCUGAAAAUGGAGAAGUUGGACUCUGCUGAGCUAUUGAAAGAACGCUCGCAGGCUGGUCUCAGCCAAGAAGAACAAAAGAAGAGCCAGAGUUUCACGGACAGCUUGGUAACCAAGAUUGUUGAUAACUUGCAAGUGACGGUCAAGAACAUACACGUGCGCUACGAAGACUCGAUAUCUACUCCUGGUCAUCCAUUUGCCCUCGGUAUUACGCUCGAGGAGUUCAGCGCGGUCUCGACCGAUGGCGAGUGGAAGCCUACCUUCAUACAGAACUCGAGCACAACAACACAUAAGUUGGCCAAACUGGAAGCCCUUGCAGUAUACUGGAACACAGACACGCAACUGCUAGGUUCAGGUCGCGAGGUGCCAGACGAUGGGGAUGAGGCAUUACCGCACGACGAGCUAAUUGCUGAAUUCAAAAGAAUGAUCGGCAAAGGAGAGGAUGCAGCAACAGCAACGCAUCAAUUUAUCCUCAGACCCGUCAGUGGCCAGGCCAAGCUCGAAUUAGACAAGAGUGGUAACGUCCAGGUGCCCAAAUUCAAAAGCAGCCUUCUUUUCGAUGAGAUCGGUGUUGUACUUGAUGAUGAUCAAUACCGCGACGCACUGAUGAUGGUGGACCUGUUUCACUACUUCAUCCGCCAUCAGGAAUACAAGAAGCUUCAGCCCAAAGGUGUCACGCCCAAGGAAAAUCCCCGUGCCUGGCUCCGGUUCGCCGGGGAUGCGGUACUGUCCAAGAUUCAUGAGCGCAACCGGCGGUGGAGUUGGGACUAUUUCCGAGAGAGGCGCGAUGACCGACGCAGAUACAUUGAAUUGUUCAAGAAGAGAAAAGCCAACCAGUCUCUUUCGGCCCAGGAAGCGGACGAUAUCAACAGGCUCGAACAAAAGCUUGAAUACGAAGACCUUCGAUUCUGGAGAUCGCUUGCCCGAAAUCAGCUGAAGAAGGAGAAUGCGGAAGCCCUAAAGAAUGCGCCACCAAAACCACAACAGCAACAAGGCUGGCUGGCUUGGGCAUGGGGCUCGAAGCCAUCCGAGCAGCAACAAGACUCCAGCGAGAAUACACAAAUGACCGAGGAGCAGAGACAGGAACUCUACGAGGCGAUUGACUGGGAUGAGAAAGCAGCAUUGGCCGACGCUGUAGACGUGCCAAGGGAAACUGUCCAGAUGCAAAUUGAUGCGUGUCUCAGCACAGGUAGCUUCACCCUGCGGCAAAGUCCUCACAAAGCGAAGAGAGAUUUGCUGAGUCUGCACUUUGACGUCUUCAAGGCAAAAGGACUAAAACGGCCAGACUCGUUUUUGGCUGACAUUAGCCUGGGUGGUUUCCGAGUAAACGACGGCACUACCCCUGAAUCCUUAUUCCAGGAAAUCGUGCGAGUCAAGGAUGCGCCGGAAGCGAGCAAGCAAAAGCGUCUCUCAAUUGCCGAUUUGGAACAGUCAAAGCAAACCUCCUUCUUCGAUCUUCAGGUCGAGCAAAACCCGCUCGAUGGGCAAGGCGAUUUCGCAGUCACGGCUAAGCUCAAACCACUAGAGAUAGUGUGGAAUCCAAACUUCGUUGUGGGCAUAGUGGACUUCUUCAAACCUCCAGAGAGACACAUGGAAUCAAUCACCGCGCUCAUGGAGACAGCUGGUGCCACGGUUGAGGGUUUAAGGCAACAAACUAGAGCUGGCCUCGAGUUUGCUCUCGAGGAGCACAAGACGCUCAAUGCCAAGCUAGAUCUACAGGCACCUCUCAUCAUUAUUCCACAGAGCAUUACCACUGAUCGAUCGACCUGCCUCAUUCUAGAUGCUGGUCACAUCAGUGUCAGCAGCGAGCUCGUUGACAAAGACGUUUUGAAGCAGGUACAAGACAAACAACACCAACGGUACUCGGACGAGGACUUCAAGCAGCUUGAAUCCCUCAUGUAUGACCGUUUCCUGGUCAAAUUGACGUCCACCCAAGUUCUCAUCGGUCCUUCAAUUGCUGAAGCAAAGUCUCAGCUCGUGGAAAAGGAUGAUACACGAAUGCUUCACAUCGUGGAGAAGAUCAACUUAGACUUCGUGGUUGCCAUGUCGAUUUUGCCGAAAGCCCCGAAUCUUACAAAGAUGAAGAUAUCCGGCCAUAUGCCUGUUCUGCAUGCGACUGUUUCGGAUACCAAGUACAAGAGUCUCAUGAAGCUUAUUGACGUUGCGAUCCCCAAAUUUGGCGGCGACACGCAGCAAAGCCAGAUACAGCAGCAGCAGACCAAGAGACCACGUUUGCUCAGCAGUGCAUCAGGUCGUUCCUACAAAUCACAUCGCCGAAAGUCUUCUGCCAACCUAUUCGCAACUCAGCAGACUGCAGUGAUUCUGAAUGAUGAGGAUGACGAUGAUGACGACUUUGAAGAUGCUUCAGAAGGAAGCACAAACCAACAGAUAAAGAUGCAGCAGCGGACAUUCGAAUUCAAAUUUGCGGUUGACAAAUUGCAAGGUUCGCUUUACCGGAGCGAUCCUGACGGUAUCAAGGCUGAUUCGCUCUUGGUGGAGCUGGUGGCUGAGGAUUUUGAUCUUAAUUUCUACAUACGCCCUUUUGAUAUGGUUGCCGAAGUCUCUCUUGGAUCUGUCACUGUGGACGACUUUGUAGACAAUCCAUCUUCAGAAUUCAAGUCAAUCGUGUCAUCUGGUGAUGUUGACGAUCGGCGAGAGAAGAGAGAUCUUGUGGAAAUCAAGUUCAUCAAGGUCAAGAGGGAUUCUCCAGAGUUCAUGCCAGUAUAUGAGGGGAUAGAGACCAACAUCAAUGUUGCAGUAUCCACCAUCAACCUUGUCGUCACUCGCAAGACAUUGUUGACGUUACUCGACUUCAUCUUGGUUACUUUUGCGAAUAAUGACAGCGGGAAUGGCCAGCAACAGGGAGCGAUUGCGAGUACCGAAGACGACGAUGAGAAUGACGACAACGAGACGCCACGGGUAGUAGAGCCCGUAAUUGAGCAACAGUCGCAGGAGAGUGGAUCAAUUCGUGUCAAGGUUGACUUGAAGAGUAUUCGGAUGAUCCUCAAUAAUGAUGGGAUCCGUCUGGCGACUUUAUCUUUCAAUCAUGCUGAUAUUGGCGUCUACCUCUCUGGCAAGACAAUGCGAAUUGCAACAAAGCUUGGCGAUCUUAGUCUCGUAGACGACGUCAACGUGGGAGCUUCGGAAAACUCCAGUCUUCGAAGGCUCGUGACAAUCCAGGGAGACGAACUCGCGGACUUCAGGUAUGAAACUUUUGAUGCGAACAACGAAAAGGCAUAUCCUGGAUAUGACUCGUCAAUAUUCCUCCGUGCCGGGUCUAUCAAGGUCAACUUUCAAGACGAACCGUUCAGGAAGAUCAUUGAAUUCCUGGUCAAAUUUGGUAAAAUGCAGGCUAUUUACAAUGCUGCUCGCCAAGCUGCCGCCAAUCAAGCCCAACAGAUCCAACAGAGCACCAGCCGAAUGAAGUUUGAUGUUGUCGUCAACACGCCCAUCAUUGUUUUUCCUGGUGCGAUUAUCCCCGAUCGGCCAAGGCGCGACCUAGUCACGGCCUAUCUUGGUGAGAUCUACGCACAAAACAAAUUCGUGCCCCUGGACGACUCCCAAGAUGCUCAAAUCGCCAUGAAACUCUCAGCGGGCAUUCGCAAUGUGAGGCUCACAUCUCUCUUCCACUAUUCUCAUGACGAUUCGGAAGAAUUAGAAAUGAUCGACCACGUCGACCUGGGCUUCAACAUCACGUAUGCCGAGCACCAAAAAGGCUCAAAGCGGCCAGAUAUGGAGAUUGAGGGUAAGAUGACAGACCUCAAUUUGAAGAUCACGCAAUACCAAUUGAAGUCAUUGCUUGAUAUUUCGCGGACUGUUCCAGCUGCCUUCUCCACGGAUACCGAAGCAAGUGGUGAGGAAGCGGAGAGGGAUGUUGACGAAGGCACGUUACGGCGGGCCAAGACCAUGUCGUCCUCUACCACUGCCGGGGAGGAGUCCCUCAUCGAUCUGAGCCCGGAGCUGGGAUCUCAUGAGGCCACCUGGACCAAGCUGGACCUUGUCUUUACCGUGCACAAGAUUGGUUUAGAGCUGAUCAAUGCUCCUGCAGCAAAGCCUGUUGGUAACACUGAAAGGGCCAGCUUGUCACAAUUUUCGCUCGAUGACAGUAAACUCAAGACGCGGAUACUUGCAGACGGCUCUCUUGAAGCAGAAUUCGUCAUUCAUUCGUUCACCAUACAGGAUUCUCGAUAUGGCGAAGGAAAUAAGUACAGGAAGAUCAUGACUUCAUCAAACAAAAGUGUGCAGCAAUUCAUGGCCUCCAUCUCAAUGAGCGCUGGCAAAGAACGAAAUCUCAUCGCGAUGGUCGCCAUUGACAGUCCACGUGUCAUUUUUGCUUUGGAUUACGUCUUCGCGAUUCAGCGAUUUGUAACCGCCAGUCUUGAGGUCGACGAGCCAGUGCAGGUUGAAGAAAGCGUCAGCGACUCUGCUGACGGAUCUGAUGCUGACUCAAUGCAAGUUGUUUGGACGGGCAGCAAAUCCCCAAAUUCGCAACAGCAAUCCAAGACUCAAUCAUCCGAAGACAAGGGGAAACUGAACGUUGCCUUCCGUGUGAACAUUGUGGACGCGCAAGUAAUCCUCAUUGCGAAUCCCCUGAGUUCGAGCUCCGAGGCCAUUGUAUUGGGCACGAAGCAGGUGCUCCUUUCACAGCAACAUGCUCUUACCUUCCAAGUCUCAAAAGUUGGCAUGUUCCUAUGUCGAAUGGACAGGUUCGAAGACACGCGCCUCCGCAUUUUGGAUGAUUUUUCCAUUCAACUCUCCCUUGACAGUUCGCAGCCAAACCUGACCAAUAUACACAUUGAUGUUGAGCCGCUAAUCCUUCGACUUUCAUUGCGAGACAUUCUUCUUGUUCUUCAAAUCGUCCGCAAGGCAUCGGAGUUGUCUGGUAAUGAGCCAGAAAUCAACAAGCCAUCUGCAUCGGACAAGAAAGCUCAAGAGCUUCGGCGGGAUGGCCUCAAGGAGCGCACGGCCAGUGGUCGGGGUCAGUCCACAAUUGCCAACCGUGCGAAAACCACAGGUACCGUGACAACCCGAGGUCGGCAACCAUCACAGCCCCAGCAGCCAGUCCACGAUAUCAAGCGAGGACCAAAGCGCCAUGAGGAGUUGACUGCCACCAUAGAUGGCAUACGCGUUGUGUUGAUAGGUGAUGUACACGAACUGCCGAUUGUGGACCUCAGCAUCAAGAGCUUCUCGGCGUCGGCUGCCGACUGGACCGGCAACCUCAAGGCUGAGACUGCCAUGGAUAUGUAUAUUAAUGUUUACAAUUUUGCCAAGUCGGCCUGGGAGCCUCUACUGGAGCCAUGGCAAGUCGGCCUUGGCGUAGCAAGAUCGCAAGACACUGGGUUGCUUUCGAUCGACAUGCAAUCACGAAAGACAUUUGACCUUACCGUCACGACUGCAACCAUUGCCCUAGCAUCCAAGUCUUUUGACUUUCUCACGGAGAACGAAGAUGUCCUUGGAAAACCGCGAGGCGCCGAGUCGCCUUACAAGAUUAGAAACUACACUGGAUUCGAAGUGCUUGUCCAGGCCAGAAACCAAAGCAACACCGAGAAUAUCUCUGUAAAGCUUGAAGAUGGUCAAGAGGCGCCUUGGAGCUUUGAGCAUUGGGAAAAGAUGCGCGAGAACAUCAUCUCCGAGAACAGUACUGCAAACAGCGUGAGUGUUCAGAUUGAAGGUAGCGGAUUUGACACGGUCAAGAACAUCCGCAUCAACCGACAAGGAGAAUAUCUAUACAGCUUGAGGCCAAAGACCGACAAUACACUUCAUCGACUCCUCGUAGAGGUACAGCUGGGCAGCGACAACAUCAAGUAUGUCACGCUGCGCUCGCCGUUGGUCGUUGAGAAUGCCACCCAGAUCCCUGUAGAACUGGGUGUGUAUGAUGCUCAGGACGGCCAUCUCUUGAAGAUUGAGAAAAUCCCUCCGGGCGAGAGCCGACCAGCUCCAGUAGCGGCAUGCUUUGUGAAGUCAUUGUUGGUGCGUCCAGACUCUGGGUUUGGGUAUGCCUGGUCAUCUGAACAUCUCUGGUGGAAGGAUCUCAUCAAGAGACCCACGCGGACUCUGGUCUGCAAAGGUGAUGGCAAUGAUCCGUUCUAUUUUCAAAUGAACACAAGUUUUGACAAGAGUCACUUCCUCAACGGAAAAUAUCCUUACAUGAAGAUCAAGCUUUCGCCGCCAAUCAUCCUCGAGAAUCUCUUACCAUAUGACUUCAAGUACCGGAUCUACGACAAAAACACCAAAAAGGACUGGACAAACUUCUUGCGCAAAGGCGGUGUCAGUCCGGUCCAUGUUGUGGAGUUAUCACAUCUCCUGCUCAUGAGCAUUGACAUGCAGGACACAGUAUUCAAACCCAGCGAAUUCGCAAUCAUCAAUCCCGGACAACAAGACGAUUUCCACAAAGAACACAAGCUGGUGUGCAAAGAUGAGGAAGGCUUGCAGCUCCAGCUACGACUCCACUACUUCAAGGUUCCCAAUGGUGGUGGCGCUUUCAAGAUUACUGUUUACAGCCCCUAUGUCGUCUUGAACAAGACUGCCCUAGAAGUCAACAUCCGUGGCAAGCAGUUUCUUCAGCAAGCCAAACGAGCUGCGGGUCAAUCGCCGCUCAUGGACAACUCAGAUCAGGAACAACCCAAAGCGCUGCCGUUCAUGUUUUCAUUCGGAAGUGAUGAUCACAGGAAUCGUGCUCUUCUCAAAGUUGGCGAUUCUGAAUGGAGCAAGCCCCAGAGUUUCGACGCCAUCGGUAGCACCACUGAUGUUGUCCUUCCGGCUAUGAACAAGAGCGCAGAGUACCACGUCGGUAUCACUGUCGAGGCAGGAGAGGGCAAAUACAAGAUGACCAGAGUUGUCACCUUGGCCCCAAGAUUUGUCGUUCAGAACAAGUCUGGCGAAGAACUCAAUAUACGAGAACCUGGCUCGUCCAAUAUCAUGACGCUGAAGCCUGGUGCUUUACAGCCUCUCCACGCCUUGCAAAGAUCACAAGUAAAGCAGCUUGCGUUGUGUUAUCCUGGCAUUGACAAUCAGUGGAGCUCAUCGUUCAAUAUCUCUGACCUAGGAACCACACACGUCAAGAUUGCAAAGGCUGGACAACGACAGCGCCUGAUUCGUGUCGAAACGUUGAUGGAAGAUGCAACAAUAUUCUUGCAUCUUAGCAUUGAGACCAAAAAUUGGCCCUUCUCCAUGCGUAACGAGAGCGAUACAGAAUUUACCUUCUGGCAGGCUAAUCCCAAUGUCGACGAAGAUGGUGUGGAAGACCGAUCAGGAUGGCGGCCUAUACGAUAUAAACUUCCGCCCCGUAGUAUCAUGCCGUAUGCUUGGGACUUCCCUGCCGCCAAGUUCAAGGAGGUCGUGAUCAGUACCUCCAACAAGGAGCGGCAUGUCAAAUUAGCCGAGAUUGGCAAUCUGAUUCCCAUGAAGUUUGUGGGCGCCUCGGGCAACCAGAAGAUCAUCGACAUCAAUGUUGCCGCAGAUGGUCCAACACAGACCCUGAUCCUGUCCAACUUCAAAGCAAACAAGAGCCUCUACCGACAAAGAACUGGAACUGGUCUAAGUACGAACAGCACAGGUGGUUUUGAGGUCAAGCAGCUCGAUACUGGAACCACAUUUCAAGCAGCCCUGAAGCUGUCCGGCAUUGGCAUUUCCCUUAUCAACUCACAACUCAAAGAGUUGGCGUACGUGACAUUUAGAGACGUCCAACUGAAGUUCAAUGAGUCGGCUCUCUACCAAAGCGUCAGUGCUUCAAUCAAGUGGAUUCAGAUCGAUAAUCAGCUCUAUGGAGGGCUCUUCCCGAUGGUCCUAUAUCCUUCAGUGGUUCCGAAGCAGGCCCAGGAAAUUGAAACACAUCCGUCUCUCCAUGCCAUGGUCACAAGAGUCAAGGACGAUUCAUACGGUGUUCUGUAUGUCAAGUAUGCUACAUUGCUCUUGCAGCAGAUGACGGUCGAACUCGACGAAGAUUUCAUUUACGCCGUGCUUGACUUUACAAAGGUUCCUGGUGCCUCUUGGACAGAAACCCACGAAGGCAAGCUAUGCGAUGAGGGGCUCGACAUUCCUGAGCCCAAGCAGCAGCAAUCCGGGCAAGACAUUUACUUUGAGGUGCUCAACAUUCAGCCCAUGCAGCUUGACCUGUCCUUCAUGCGCACUGAGCGUGUCAACGUGGAGGACAAGACAUCAUCACAUAACCCGGUCAUGUUUUUCAUCAAUGCAAUGACCAUGGCCAUCGGCAAUGUGAACGAUGCACCCAUUCGUCUGAAUGCCUUGCUGCUUGAGAAUGCCCGUGUCUCCAUUCCAGUCCUCGUUCAGAACAUGUCGAACCAUUACAGCCAGGAGGUUAUUUACCAAGUCCACAAGAUUAUUGGCAGCGCCGAUUUCUUGGGCAACCCGGUCGGUUUGUUCAACAACAUCAGUAGCGGUAUUACGGAUGUCUUCUACGAACCAUAUCAAGGACUCAUCAUGUCAGACAAGCCCGAGGAUCUGGGCAUUGGUAUUGCCAAAGGAGCAGCCAGCUUUGUCAAGAAGUCAGUCUAUGGGUUUUCAGAUUCGUUCUCAAAGAUUACUGGCAGCUUCAGCAAAGGACUCGCCGCUGCAACCCUGGAUAAGCAGUUCCAGGACCGUCGACGUAUCACGCGCGCUCGCAACCGACCGAAGCACGCUCUCUACGGGUUCACGGCUGGCGCCAACUCAUUUUUCACCUCUAUUGCUUCUGGUGUUGGUGGUGUUGCGAAGAAGCCGCUUGAAGGUGCAGAGCAGGAAGGAGCUGCAGGGUUCUUCAAGGGCGUGGGUAAGGGCGCUCUCGGUUUGCUGACCAAACCUGCUGUGGGUGUGCUCGAUUUCGCCUCCAACGUAUCGGAGGGUGUCCGCAAUACCACUACUGUUUUUGAUGGCUCAGAGCUAGACCGCGUACGCAUUACUCGAUUCAUACCCUCGGACGGUGUUGUUCGGCCCUACAAUCAGCGGGAGGCUCUUGGUCAAUCAUGGCUCAAGCAGGUUGACAAUGGACGCUACUUCAACGAGGAGUACAUUGCUCACCUUGAACUUCCUCGUGAGGACAUGGUUGUCAUGGUAACAUAUAGCCGAAUCUUGCUUAUUAGGAGUCGGCGCCUGACGACCGAGUGGGAUGUUUCCCUCAAGGACGUUCAGACGAUUGCAAAGGAGCGCACGGGUCUCAGCAUUGUUCUCCGAGGAGGUACGAACGGUCCUUUUAUCCCAAUUGGCGAGGAAAGCGGACGAACAUUCUUGUAUCGCAUGGUUGCUGUUGCUGUCGAAGAAUUCAACCGCAGAUUCAGGGGUUUGGAGUAA